UGUGAAAGGUGUGCCUUGAAUUGAAAUGAAAUUUAUCAAUUCGAUUCGAGAGUGCAAGAGUAGAGUGAUAUUUAUUUAUAUUUUUUUUUUAUGUUUAAAAUAAUCAUAAAUAAACAAUAAUUAACCUCUAACCACGUCAAUUACAAUUUGAACAAGAAAAAUACAUUAACUUAACUAAACAAAACGAAAUGCAUACAAAUUGCAUUCAAAUUGAUGAAAAUAUCAAAAACAUGAAAUAAAAAAGAGAAGAAAAGAAAAAAAGAAAGAAAUGUACGUGAUAUGGCAGACAAUUUAAUUACCAACUAAUUAUAAAUGGAAAUGGAUUACUCAACGUUUUACAUUGCUUUUAUGACAAUAAAUGUAACAUUAACAUUUAUUAUGAUGCUGGCAGCUUGCCUUUGUUGCAAGAAAAAGAUUCCCAAAAAUGAAUUCAUGGGAAUGGAAGGAAUGGUUAAGCUUAAAAAUCCUGACGAUCAAAUUAUUAUCAACAACGUCGACCAUACAACAUCACAAAAUGAUUUAAAUCUAUCAACAAUAUCCAAUGGAGAUUCAGAAAAGAGAGCUAGCAGUGCCCCUCAUCGAAGUCUACCAGACAUUCCAAUAAACGAUACUGUUGACAAUGGAUCAGAACUGUAUGAAACAGUUGCUGAUAAAUUGGCAGGAAAAACUCAAGACAAAAGCCCUAAUCCAAGUCUAAAGAAGCAGACAAGUGUAUCUCAACACAGCUCAAUUAGCCAGGCUGAUGAUUUUAGUUCACCAUACUCAAGAGUUAAAAACGCACCACAUGAUUAUGCAAAGGUUCGUAAUAUGGAACAUCCAUAUGCUCAACUAAAUGCUCCCAGUACAAGUUCUGCAGUCGCCGGAAGUAGAAGCCAGCUAACAUUUGAAACAGUUGACGUAUUAUCCAACGACAACUCAGACUCUCAUCGCGGAUCGAAUCAAAGCCUUUUGGUUGGUUCAGUAGAUGUUCAUCAAGAAAUGAUUGGAGCCGCAUCAGCAAUAGCUGGAAUGGUUUCUGCAAGUCAAGAUCUUCCUUAUAUGACGCCUCCAAUUGUUCAACAACCAUAUUUUAGUGGUGACUCACAAGACUCUUCAAAAGGUUACACCAGUAUAAGUGUUCGAGAGCCAUUGGCAAAUAUAUUAGCCCAAUCGAAAGUUCGUCACAAUCGUUUGAUUAAAGAAGGAAAUGAUUCUCAUUAUGCAACUGUAUCUGAUGAUUCAGAUGAAACUUAUGCAGCUAUUGAAGAUCCAAAUAAUCGUGCUGUUGCUGCUGAAAUAUAUACCAGUGGAUCAGAGACAUAUGCUCAAAUUCAGCCAUCUAAUCAGCCGAUUGUAGUGGCAGUUGAAAUUAAUACUAACACCUCAUCUAUAUUACGAAUGCAAGAUAGUGCGGAUAGUGCAAGUAGUAGUAAUACUAGAACUAGUAUAAAACCAUCCGAUUGCACUCCAAUUCCUCCGCCAGUAGAUAGUUUACGUGCUCAAAUGCAUUCGAGGCAGGCAUCCUCGUCAUCGAAUAAUAGUUCAAUGGGAAAUUUAGGCUCGCCAAAACCGGAGAAACGCCAAGCGAACUCUCCACUUCCCCCAACACCCAAAAAUCAACAAUUCCUGAGUAGUAACUCAAAUCUCACAUCAACAUGUUCCUUAGCUUCGGGUAGGAACUCUGUCGCAUCUGUGAUCGAAUGUAUACUUCCGCAGGAUGGAAGUAGUGCCGAAGAUUCUCCCAUCAAAAAGAAAAACUUUAGUCCGUCCAAAGAUAAGGACAUUGAAGGAAUGUAUGCAAAAGUUAUGAAGAAAAAUAAAUUCUCGCAAAAUUCUUCCUCUCAAAAUAACUCUCCUAUUCUCGGUCGCAAGGUCUUAGAGAACAAUGCUUCCAUUCAAGAAAUGACUAAAAUUACCAACGAAAAUGUUAAUUUUAAGGAUUAUGUGAUAAAUGUUAUGCACGAACCACCAUCAUCAAGUAUAAGACGGCAACGAAGUAACAGCUAUUGUACUAAAGACGAUGGCUAUGAAACCAUUCCAGCUGAUAAAAUUAAAGAAAAAUCAAGUACAAUUGAAAAUCGUAAAUCAGACUGCUACGCACAGAUGUUGCAGAGUGAACGACUUGUCGAACGGGGCCUAUCACCACCACGUCUACCUGCUGUGGCUCUAAUUAAAAACUUUCCAACUGAUUCCUCACUAGACGCGGUAUUAAAACUGACCAACAAUGAACCCGGGUAUGAAAGUUUACCCGAUCAAUCUUCAGCCAAUAAUAGCGAUCCUGGCUAUGAGACACUUGUUAAAACAACUGAAAAUCAAUCCCAAAGAAAAACAACUUCUGACUAUGAUCCAAACUACGAGGUAUUACAUCCUACUAAAUACUGUACAACAGGCUCAGAUGAUGGUUAUGCAAAAGUAAUGGAAAAGCCUCGAAUCGACUUUGAUGACAUGAUUGAUGGCUACAGCAAGGUUAAGGAGAGAAAUAACAUUGACGAAGACAUUCCCGGCUAUAGUCGCAUUGGAGAACCCAAAACUGAAGACAGUACUAAGCUACAUGACUAUGCCAGCAUAGCCGAAGCACAAAAAUUCAAAGAAAGCAUCACAAUAAAUUGUAACAACAACAAUAACUAUGAAAAGAAUUCCGAAUUGUACUCAAAACUAUUGCAACAACAACCACCACCGCCGCCUUUUCCACCAAAUUCAUUUGAAAAACCUUUAACUUCUCCUUCAACAACAAGCCAAAGUAGUAGUGCAGAUCAAGUGCUUAUAAUUAAAACUAGCAGCGACACGCCCACAACCACCCUCAGCAGCAGCAGUCAUCAAUUAUUGCCAUCGAGUAAUUAUGAAUCAUUAACAGGCAGCGAUUCGGAUCCAAAUUAUGAAUCAGUGCGUUAUUUAGACUUGGAGAAUCCUUACGAACGAUUAAAUACAGAAUCUACAAAUACAGCUACAGUUAGCUCUGACAUGCCUCUCAGUACACCAUCUAGCACUGAUGGUAAGAAUUCUAAUAGUGAUUCGAAGCUUCUCAGUAGCACGGGUACGGGUACUGGUACCGGUGAGAGUGCAACAGCUAGUGAAAAUGGAGAUGUAGACGAUUACUUUCAAGUCUGAUUGCGCACAUCUUCCUACCAUCAUACUUAAAAACGUCAUUAGAGGCAAUUUAAAACAAAUAAAUAAAACUUGAUUUAAUUUAUUUUCUAUUUGUUCUUAAAAAAACUAAAAAAAAACUACGUAUAGAUUAAAAUAUUAGAUUUAAAUCGAAGCUACGGACUUUUUUGUUUUGUCCAGCAGCGCACUGCAGUAGUUUUCCUGUUUAGCGGCUAGCGAUAUAGAAAAUGAAUGUGAUUUAAGCUUUUAAAAAAAUUCUGUAGGUUAUUUCUGAGAUCUGUCUGUAUAUCAUCACACCUAAACUUAUAAUAUCAUUAUUUUGUAUUCCUUGUUUUUUUUGUUUUCCUUUUUUAUUUUAAUUAUUUUGUUUCUCUGUACAAAAUUUGUUCCGUACAAAGUAUUAUUCAUAUAAACCAAUUUAAUUUGCUAAGUACCUAUCUACUUUUAUAUAAAAUAAAGUAAAACAAAAUUGUUUAAACAAGAAAAAAAGUUAUGUCAUCAAUAAUUUUAAGUAACUUUUUUUAAGCAUUUAUGUGUAGCACAAUGACAAACUACAAACCACACUAUUUUUCAAUGUCUCUGUUUAUUAUUUUUUUUAAUGAUAAUAAUAAUUAUAUUUUUGUUUUGUUGUUUAAAUGAACACUUCUGUAAUAUUUAUGCAUUUGCUUUUAUAGCAAACAAAAAAACCCUUAUU